AGAGGAACCCCCGCCCCGGAGACACCCAGACGCCGACCAGCAGUCGCCACCGCCUUCGCAGCAGCCUCGCCGGCCGCGGGCAGACCCGGAACCAGACCAAGGGGGCGACCACCGUCCAGCGGAGGACGAGGAGGAGAACGCGAGGCCACAUACCCGCCCGGACCUGCCCUUCUCCAGGCCCUCGCCCCUCGCCGGAAGGGACCUUUGAUGGAGCCCAGGGGAGGGGUCCGAGGAUUUACAGACUGUCGCAGAGUGGGCUAAAGGCUGAGGUCAUGUAACUACUUCCUUCUGUCCCUUUCUACACACCCCUCUUCUCUACCCCUUUUCUCUGCUCCACUGCCUCCCUCCCCCUCCCCCCAUACACACCCUUCUUCCAGGAAGAAGGCACUUUGCAAGGGUUAAAAGAUCUUUUCUUUCUCCUUCCUCGGUCCUUUAUUUCCCCACCUUUAUUCUCCCGAUUAGCUUUCCCUUUUUUGUGCAGCCCUUUGGCUGCAGAGGCAAAGCACAAGACCCUUGUCCAAGUUCACCUGUAAUCCCUUCCCCCCAUCCAACUGCUCUCUUAAAAGCAACACCGGUGCUUCUGGGGUUAAUUGCCCCAGUUUUCUGCCCAGGAGAAUUAAAACUUGUCCCCACCCUCUCUCCUUCCUACCUUACCUCCCCUCCCCGCCCCCACCCCCAAUCUCUGGCUACCUGAAGAAAUAAUCUUUUCCCUCUCACACAUACAGUCCUCAAUUCUUCAUUGAGCUAGUUUGCCCUAAUCCCAGCUCAGUCCACUCCAAAUUUGAUUUAUAAUCUUCCCCACCUUUUUAUAUACAAGAAGAAAGGUUGCCCAUUGUCUAUGAAUUUGAGAACAACCCAAUAAUCCUCUCCUGGGGAACUUUCUAACAAUUAGACCUACAUCUCAAGGCCCUAACAGACUAUCCUCAACAUUUCUUUUAUCCCCCUCCCUCUACCAGUGCCCCCAGGUCAAAGGCAGAAAGGAGGCAGCCUGAGCAAAGCCUAAGGUUGGGGUGAGGUGGGGUGGAAGCAAGAGAAGCUUUUAUUGUUGGGCUUUCCAGGUAAAGUUCAGAAUCAGUGACUUGCAGUCUUCAGUCCUGGGGGUAAUUUAUUUGCUACUUGGAGGAACCAGUGAGAAAGCAGACUCCCGCAUAACACAGAUACUCUGUGGACCCCUCAAAACCAUCCUAUCUUCUGCAAAGACUUCAGCUGCCCCUCCCGGGCUCUCUGCUCCCACUGGGCACAUGCUGAUGCCCCUGAGUGGGCUGCUUUGGUGGUGGUGCUGCUGCUACUGCUGUGCCUGGUACCGCUUUGGACUGUGCACCCCAGCUCCCCAGAUGUUGCGCCACCAGGGUCUCCUCAAGUGCCGCUGCCGCAUGCUCUUCAAUGACCUGAAGGUUUUCCUACUUCGGCGCCCCCCUCCAGCACCCCUGCCCAUGCACGGAGACCCCCAGCCCCCAGGUUUGACCGCCAACAACAAUACCCUUCCGGCUCUGGGUGCCGGGGGGUGGGCAGGCUGGAGGGGCCCUCGAGAAGGGGUGGGCAGGGAGACGCCUCCUCUGCCACCUCCACCACCUUUGCCACCUUCUUCUGUGGAAGAUGACUGGGGUGUCCCAGCCACGGAGCCACCUGCCUCACUGCUCAGCAGUGCCUCCUCAAAUGACUUCUGUAAGGGGAAGGCUGAGGACUGCUACUCACUGGGCAGCAGCCUGGACAGUGGCAUGAGGACCCCGCUGUGCCGCAUCUGCUUCCAGGGGCCAGAACAGGGGGAGCUGCUGAGCCCAUGCCGCUGUGAUGGCUCCGUCAAGUGUACCCACCAGCCUUGCCUCAUCAAGUGGAUCAGCGAGCGCGGCUGCUGGAGCUGUGAGCUGUGCUACUACAAGUACCACGUCAUUGCCAUAAGCACAAAGAAUCCUCUGCAGUGGCAGGCCAUCUCUCUGACAGUCAUUGAGAAGGUGCAGAUUGCAGCCGCCAUCCUGGGUUCCCUCUUCCUCAUCGCCAGUAUCUCUUGGCUCAUCUGGUCAACCUUCAGUCCCUCGGCAAAAUGGCAGCGCCAAGACCUCCUCUUCCAGAUCUGCUACGGGAUGUAUGGGUUCAUGGACGUGGUGUGCAUUGGUCUCAUCAUCCACGAGGGACCCUCCGUGUACCGCAUCUUUAAACGGUGGCAGGCUGUCAACCAGCAGUGGAAAGUGUUGAACUAUGACAAGACAAAAGACCUGGAGGAUCAAAAGUCAGGAGGCAGGACAAACCCCCGGACCUCCUCAUCCACCCAGGCCAAUGGCCUCUCCUCGGAAGAGGAGGCUGCGGACACCCCUGCCCCCGAGGAAGGUCCUGCCCGGGCAGCCAGCCAGCCCUCAGGCCCUCCCUCUGAUCACCACUGUGCUUACACCAUCCUGCACAUCUUGAGUCACCUAAGACCUCAUGAACAGCGGAGCCCCCAGGGCGGCAGCCGAGAGCUCGUCAUGAGGGUCACAACAGUGUGAAAGGAGUGCCUGGAAGGGCAGCCGUGACCAUGCACAACAGCAGAGGGUGGGCUGGGAAGGGGCUAGGCCCGAUGGGAUGCUGGUCUGGGGAGCAGAUGUGGGGAGGCCAGGUGGCUCCCCAGGCGCCAGAGCAGAGGGUGGGGGGCUUUGAGGGGUCUGGGGGCAGGAUUAGAGCUGCAGUGAGUGAUGUUGGUGUGGUUCUGUGGUUUCCAAUCAGUCAAUACCAUUCUCCAACAAGAGCAAGGAAAACCAAUACAAACUCAACAACAAAGUGCAAUACAGACUGAACCCAACAAAAUACAACAACAACACCAGGCACAUGUAC